AUGGCUGAAAUCAAAAAGUACAAUCUUGGUGAUUUCCAGCUACAAAAUGGCGAAGUCUUACCAAAGGCCUGGAUCGCUUACAAGACAUUUGGCGACCCCUCACUUCCAGCCGUCGUCUAUCCUACUUGGUUUUCUGGCACAAUUGCAGACAACGAAUGGCUGGUCGGCGAGGACAAGACCUUGAAUCCGAGAAAUUACUUCAUCAUCAUCCCAGCACUCAUUGGGAAUGGCCAGUCUAUUAGCCCCUCCAACUCGGAUAUCAAUCCGUUUCCUGACAUCUCCUUCUAUGACAAUGUGCGGGCCCAACAUCAACUUGUCGCACAGGAGCUCAAGAUUCACCACCUAAGGGCGGUUCUUGGAUGGUCCAUGGGCGCAGCCCAAUCUUUCCAGUGGGCAACGCAGUACCCAGACUUUAUGGACAUUUGUGUUCCUUUCUGCGGUGCUGCAAAGACUGCCUUGCACAACCAAGUCUUCCUGGAAGGUGUGAAGUCGGCACUCCUGGCUGCCAAGAAAACUAGCUCAGGAGGGAGUACGAAAGGCCGCGUCGAGACUGCGGAUCAGAAACAGAAUCUUCGUAUUUGGUCCGACGAGGAGAAAACAGUCGGUCUCAAGGCAUUCGGGCGCGGAUAUGCGGGCUGGGGUUUCUCCCAGGCUUUUUACCGACACGAGCUAUACAAGGAAUACUACAAGGCCGCGAAUCUCGAGGAGUUUCUCGUCAACUUCUGGGAAAAAUGGGCCCUCAGCAAGCAUCCAGAGAAUCUACUUGUCAUGCUUCAUACUUGGCAAAGUGGUGAUGUUAGUAAGCAAAAACCGUAUAGCGGGGACUUCAAGAAGGCGAUGGCAGGCAUCAAGGCGAAGACCCUAGUGCUACCUUCGAAGACUGAUCUCUACUUCCCGCCGGAGGACUCCGAAUUCGAGGUGGCUUGCAUGAGCGAAGGUGUGGGAGAAUUGGAUAUUUACCCGUCCAUCUGGGGCCACUGGGCCGGUGGGCCGCCAGGGAACCCAGAAGAUGUGAAGUGGUUGGAUGACCGCUUGAAGGCAAUAUUUUCUUCAGCGCCCAAGAGACUUACAAGCGAAAUACCAAUUAGGUCAAAGCAGUGA